CCUUUGUUUUGUACCUACCAAAAGAAUGGCUGCCAUCUUUAGUUUUGGACGGAUGUUUUACCGAGUCUUCGGUGAAUUAUUGUAUUUAUCGCGCUUUACAACACCGUAAUUAAUCGAAAAAAAAAGCUCAUAAAUACUGUAAGCGAUGUAACGAUUAAUAACAAGUCCAGCGUUACCUACACCCCCGGUGAUUAUUAACAAGAAAAAUGAUUGUGUUUACAUCCAAGUUUGAAGUCAGCUUUUCUGUAUUCCUGUCACAUUGAGCCUAUGGUGAUUCCAGAAUCGAGGGAAAUUUAUAUCGGUACAUGCAGAAAUAAUCUCAACAGCCUCUCUAUAUCAACGGGUUAAUCAGUCGCAAUUAAGAAAAACUUGAGACUAGGCAAAGCCUCCAAGACGUCGACCCAGUCAGGGAAGAAAUCAACUAGUGGGGGGGCUGGAGGCUGUGGUACCGAGGCUGAAGACUCCCCGGGGCCAUCACCAGCACCACUGCCACCCACUUCCCCACCCCCAGUAGAUCACCGAGAUCUAGAUGCUGGGGUUGAAGAGAUUGAGGUAGAGAAAGAUAUUAAUCGGCCACAUCGUGUGGACACCAUCGUGGAGGACACAGUGAUCAGUGGCAAUGGCGGUGAAGAAGCUGUUAAAACUGAGACCACCAUGAGUUAUCAAACAGACAAUGACCAGACACUGAGGCCAACAACACCACCACCAGCUCCAAUAAUGUCAGCCAGUGUCAUGGUCACCAACAAAGCCACUGUCAUCUAUCCCAUAAAUCAAGUUAAAGUUCAAACCCAACUGAGUGGUAAGACACGAGCUCCAAGUCCAAGUGUAAUAACAAGCACUGGAAAAAUCACUGUGGUACCUGGUGGCACAAGUAAAAUACCAGUCGAGCCCCAGAAAACCUGUCCAGGCAGCAUAACUCCAAUUUUAGCCGCACGAAUUGCCCCCCAGAAGGCAACUGUCCAGCACCAGCAGCACACGGCUUCUCCAGCACUCCAAUCGAAAAUUGUUAUCAAUAAUGCAGUGACUCCUGGACAAAUUCCAAUAACUUAUGAGGCUGUACAGGUGACCAAUCAACAGCAGACAGCUAUUAUUCAGGGGCUCCAGCAAAUUCAAACAGUCCCAACUGGUGCUGUGAAGACAGUAGGAUCGAAUAUCACUGGAGUAUCCAAUAUUCACAGAAUCCAGACAAAUGCUAAAACACCACCUGUGAAUUUUCAGAAAGUCAAGACUAUUACGAGUGGUGUAAGCAAUCAGGCAACGGUUGUCUCGAAGAAUCUUGUCUCUAGGAUUCAAGUGCCAAAGUCACAGGUCACCAAUGCAGUACACCAGAUGACACCAAUAACAGUUAAUCAAGUUAUAACUAGUGUGAAUAAUGCACCGAGAUUUCAGCAGAAUGCCACGAUAACUGUGCAAAAAUCACAAGUGAGUAAUCAGAAGUUAAAUCCGGGUAACAGUGAGAAUCACCAGAACAACAAGACACUGGGGAUUCAGCCACAGCAAUCGAAAAUGGUUGGUUCAUCCCAGAAAGUACAAGCUGUAUCGAGACAGCAGUCGCAAUCCCAGAAGCCGAUUAACAAUGUCAAGAAAGGAGUUGCAGGUGGUGUUCAAAAAGCCCCUGUUCACAAUCACCAGACUCUGAGUAAUCCACAGGGAUCAGCAGCUGUACCUGGCAAUCGAAGCCUCGGAAUAUCUGGGGUUUUAAAAAGUGAUAAUAGUAAUAAUAACAGUAAUUCGCAAUUGAACAUGACAAAAUCAUCGCACGCAGCUCUAACAGUAGUUAAUAAAAAUCAGACUGUUGUCCAGCAGAUUGUCCCGCAGGGACAGCCACAGCAGAUUAUUCAGAAACAAUUGGCUGGAGGACCACAGAGAAUUCAAGGGAAUGUGAAUAUUCAACCGAAAGUGAAUAUGGUACAGCAGACGUUGACGAGUUUACCAGUGAAUAAGGGCUCGACGAUAAUAAAUGCGAAGAUACAGCAGUCUCAGCAGCAGAUGCUGUUGAGAUUGGAGCCUGGAAAGAGCCCUGUUGGAAGUAUUCAGGGUAAUGUGAGAACUAUUACUCAGAAGUCCGGAAAUAUUGUAAAGAAUUCCCAGAUUGUGACUCAUCAGACGAUCCAGAGAAAUACGAGUGUUCAACCAGUGAAAAUAAUUCAACAGGCUGGACAGAGUUAUCCACCUGGAGGAUAUCCCCCACAGGGAGUUCCCCAAAAGCAACCUGGAUGCAUAAAAACCAUUCCACCCCAGAAACCACAACAGAGGAAUCAGGUGCAGUCCAAAGCCCCUGGAAUAAAAACAUCUCUCAACACAAAUGUCAAUACACUGAAAACCAUUGGCACAUCGAACGCAACAGUGAUAACCCAGAAGUCGAGUAUAAAGACACUACUUCCCCAUCAACAAAAUGCUUCCAGUGUGGUCGUCCAGAAGAGCCAACCGAUUAAAAUUCAAUCGUCGAAUCUUCAGCAAAAGCAGAUGUUCGUUGCUUCUCAGUUUACCCAGCAACAGGGACAGCCACAGCAAGUGCGUCAUGGCCAGAUUAAGACUAUUCUACCUGUUAGUAUAACGUCGGAUAUACGGAAGGAGGUGGAAUUGAAAGUUGAAGCAGAGAGCCAAGUGAUUGGACGAGAUGAAUAUGAGGAGGAGGAGGAAGAGGAGCUCAAGGCAAUGCCGCACUCACCAGUUCGGAGAAUGCCUCUUCCAUACGAGUGCCUCCAGUUUGUCCUCCAGGAUCACAAUUAUGGUGCACCACCACCACGAACUCCACCACCCACAUCACCACCUCUCAAGCAACAACCAGUCAACAAUGGGACAGGUCCAGUCCUUCCUCAUCAGUCAUUUAUUUAUAAUCAGGGUGUCACUAUAGCGAGCAAUACUGCUGAUGAUGCAGCGAGUGCAAUUAGCAGUGAGCCUGGUCGAGAGGUUGAGCCUGAGGGGGAAGAGACUGAAACAGCACCAGAGGGUGAGGGCGAUGAAGAGGAUAGCAUAACGCGUUGUAUCUGCGAAUUUGAACACGACGAUGGUUACAUGAUUUGCUGUGAUCGCUGUCUCGUCUGGCAGCACGUCGACUGCAUGGGAAUCGACAGAUCAAAUAUCCCGGACGAAUAUCUCUGUGAAAUCUGUCGUCCACGUCGUGUCGAUCGUCAGAGGGCUCGCACCCUCCAGAUGAGAAAACGAGAGGAACUCCUGAACUCUGACACCUCCUCUGACACAUCAUCCACAUCAUCAGCAGACACCAACGUUCCAGCGCCCCCAAAUCCCAAGAAACGUAAUAUCCAGCAGUCACGAAAAAAAUCAGAAACCACAUCACAACCGAGAAGACAGAAUAACAAUAAUGAUACAAGCAGUAAUCACAAUUCUGUAUCAACUCCAUCAAUUACGACUAUUCCAACGACUCCCAACACCACUACAAUAUCUGAUAACACCAAUCUCUCGACACACAGCAAUAAUACCCCAGCAAAUCCCACCAGCAUCACUACCAACAAUAAUCCUAGCAACAAUAAUAACGUGACGAAGAGGCCGGGGAGGCGUGAGCCAAAUCCCAGACAAACCAGUGCCCAAUCACGAAAAAAGGAAACUGUCAAACGUGGUCCAGGGAAGAGAAAAGGGAAACGCAGACGUAGCAUCAACGACGAUGAUGACAAUCAAGAGUCAUGUGGUACAGCAACAUCACCACUCAGACAGUGGAUUGAGAGAUACGAGGAGGCGGUGACGAAUCAUUACAGUCCAGAAUUGAGAGCUAGAAUAUCGAGUAUCAAAGUAAAUGGUACUCACAGUGACUUGAGACAGAAUAAUAACAACAUGAGUGCUGUUGCAAGUGGCAAGUGUCGAGUUAAUGUCCACAGUAACAACGUUAAAUAUCUGAUGGCAACUGUUUAUUUGCCACCAAAUACUCCAGUGGUUGAGUUACGUGGUAAAUACAUGCUGAGUACACAGCACAGGCCGGCACACCAUGGCCAGGGAAGACAGCCAGCUCAGCGUCCGGGGCCAUUUGUAUUUUUCUACAGAUUACCGCGAGAGGGGACUGAAGUGUGCGUUGACACUAGGACAUAUGGAAAUGACGCGAGAUUUGUCAGACGAAGUUGUACACCCAAUGCCGAGGUGAAGCACUGCAUCGAGAAGGGAACACUUCAUCUGUACAUCGUAACAACUACAGCAAUCGAUAAAAAUGCUGAGAUAACGAUUCGUCAUGAGCAGCACAAUCUCCUGAUGUCACUUAAUAGUUCGAGUACAAUUCCACUGGGUAAUACGAUGCUACCACUGGCCUGUGCCUGUGGCAAUCCUCGAACCUGUCAGAUUUCUUCAAUAGUCGUUGGACAGGUUGGGCCUACGAGGAGGAGUAGUGGUGCUUCAGUGGAUAAUUCGGAUGGCAGAGAGAGGAGGAGAAGAGGACGUAAAAAUAUCGCGCUAGAGGAUGAUGCUGGAACGUCUGUUGCAGCUCCUCCUCCUCAGAUUUUACCAACACCACAGGCUUCAACUAGUGAGGCACCUGCUACAGGGACUCUCGGUGCAACUCCAAAGAGAACGGUUGAACCACGUGAGAAACCCAAGGAGGAGGUGCCCCAGGUGGCCCAGUUACCUCCUUCCAUGGUCGAUCCAGCUCCACAAAUUCCCAUGCAGACAUCAACACCGCCUAGUGCUGACACACCACCGCAGGAGACGAAGAAGGAUAAGAAUAAGAUGUCAAGGGAGGAGAGGAAGAUCCAGGCGAUAAUGAAAACCUUUGAGAGAAUGGAGAAGGCACAGCAGAGGAAGCAAGAGGUACAAGCGAGAAAUGCGCAGAGAAAGGAGUCAGGUGGAGCACAGAGUGAUAAUGAUGACAGAGAUCAUCAUCCUAUUCUCACACAACCAACUAAAAUUCAGAAGCAUCACGUGGAGAGGCCUAUUCGACGUAAGAAGAGAAAGGGUAGGGCUAGAACUACGAGUAAUUCACAGUCGUCUACACACACCAGAAGAACGAGACUGAAUUCUGCUGAUUCAGAUUUAUCAUCAGCUGAUGACGAUCAUCUGGCUGCACUGCAAUCACCACCCCUCAGACGACCUCCAUGCUCGUCAUUAUCAUCAGCUAAUCAGAUGUAUUCAUCGGCGAAGGGUGAAAUGACACUGCGAGACCCAGUGAAUCCAAAUCCAGUCAUUCCCACAGCUGCUGAUCUCCUGCUGGCCCUUGCCAAUUCCAAUGUUCCAGAUACAUCGCGAUCAAUAUCACCAGACAGAAGUCUCCAGCAGCCAGCUCUCAGUAAAAGUCCAACUUGUGACAGUGGAGCAAGUAGCAGCUCUCAGAGUUCAACUCCUUCCACACCGCUGUCAUCAGCUUGUCUACUCGUUGCUGCUGCUGUUGGACCACUGGCCCCUGGCUUCAAAUUUCCCAAAACUAAGAAGGCAAUGAUGAAUGAGUGGCUGAGAGAGUCACCAGAUGUCCCCCAACCACCACCAAAAACAUUACCUGUGGUCUCCACUACCCUUCCAGUCUCGAAGGACUCUCCCAAGACCAAUGAUCAAUUGUCCUCGGAAUAUCUCAAUCAAUCGAUUAAUUAUGGGACUAAGAGCCUGGCGACUCUAGUUCAGGCAGCGAAUUCAGUGUCUGGUAUCUGUGACUCUCCACCCCAGAGGAAAGGUGCACCCUGUGUCAAUGCACAGAAUCCACAGUGUCCUGUGUCCUCGGGGUCGGCUAAGAAACGAUGGCUGAGGCAAGCUAUUUCUGAAGAGUGUGAUUCACCCAAUAGCCGACCUGACAGUCCACCCAGUGAAACUGUCGCAGCACCACCGAAGAAGAGGAGAAUUGCCAGGGAGAGCCUGUCCUCUGAUAAUUACACACCACCAACAACUCCAACUCCUUCCACUGCAGACUGUCCCCUCAUGGCACUGGGGAUUGAUCACACGGUUUCUGGAUCUGUUGAUAAUGCACCUGAGAGACCUGCCUUUUUGUCCUCGUCGUCGAGAUCUCUAUCUCCCACGUCCCUCGAGAGACAGAUAAAAAAUUAUUUGGACGCUGAGAUGAAGGAAGAGGAGCAAACAGCCAUUAAACAAUGUGAGUUCUAUGAUAUUUGCAAGAUCAAGGAGGCAAAAAUGAUUGAUGACGCGAAUCCAGUGAAAUCCGAAUGCCCGGGGGUUGAUAGCAAAUUAGAGAUGGGUAAUACAAUGGCUAAUAUUGAAGUUGACGAUCCGGUGAAGAUGGAGGUGAAGGACGAGCUGUCUGAUGUGAAGGAUGAGCACGUCGAGGUGGACAGUAAUCAAGGUGAUAUUGAAUUUAAGUUGAACAUAAAGACUGAAAUCCAGAGUAAAUUGGAGGAAUCGAGUUUGGAGUUAAAUAUUAAAGUAAUAGAAAAUACGAUUUCUGAGUGCGAUAAGAGUGUUAAUAAGGGCACUGACACUGGAGUUAUGGAGCCUAAUGAUACUGAGACUAGGCUUGAAUUUGAUAAUAGCUGUACAUCGGAGGCAGGUAUAUCGAGUAUUACAGCAAGUCCAAAGAAACAAGAGAGUGUGGAGGAGAGAACCAGUGAAACAAGCAAGGACGAGGUGAAGAUAGAGGAGCCAACGUCGUUGGAUGAAUUUGAUGUUGAAGCUCAAAUGAAGAAGAUCACUGGAGACGACGGGGAUGAUUACAAGGAGAAAAUUGAGACAUCCUCGGAGAGAGAUAAGAGCUUCGAUGGGAUUGAGGGGCUCAUGGAGAGCUCCAAGGAUUCUGGCUCAUCUGACAGAGAUGAAGUUGAGUUGAGUUUUAAAGCGGUUAAUGCCACUGGGAAACAGGGUAGAGAAUGCCAGGAUAAUGAGAACGUGGAGGAGAGAGCCUUCAAGGAAUUCGAAACACUUGCCAGUCUCGAGGUGCUCAAUGCUGUUAAGCAGCCUCAGCAGCUGGAGAAAAUUGAAUCCAUCGUAACACCUGGUGUUUGCUCGUCGGAGGAGUCAAUGUUCGAUUCCAUAUCAAAUCUUGACUGCGAGUCUGUCAAUGAAUCCCCGAAGAUAUUUCAAUCGAUUCCACCAUUGAGUGAACGAAUCAGAAAGAAAACUGAGAGCUCAUCCCUACCCAAGAAGCAGCUGGACUUCGAGACUGCGAUUAUUGAGUCGACGCUUGAUAUGGAAUCCGUGGAGAUGUCCAAUGGUGAACACAAGACUGAAUUGUCAUCUGCACUUCGUCAAUUGUUGGAGGGAACAGUUGAUCAGGAGCCACCGGUACUCGAUACUGUGGAAUCAAUGGAUAAAGAGCCUGGUAGUCCACCUUUGCAACAUAUUAACGAGUCCUCGGAGUCCACGCAAUCACCGGAAAUUCCAAAUCUCGUGGCCAUUGAUGUAUCGCCGAAAUCAAUAGAUCCAGUAUUAAUUGUUGCUGCGAUUACUCAGGGUCCACCUCCACCACCUCCUCCGUUGUCCCCACAGGGACCUCAGGCAUCUCAGGGGGUUCCAGUUCAGCCUGAGGUGAGGAGGUUGAAGGAUCCUCGAACAGCUCCUCAUGAGAGACCCCCUCCAGACGCACCUCCACCGAUCAAACGAAAAUUAUCAAUCUCUGAGUACAGAAAGAGGAAGCAACAGUCCUCGGGGACUCCACCUGAACCUGAACCGAGUAAUGAGGCGUCAUCUUCGGAGAAGAGCCCUGGGAGAGGGAGAUCGGAUAGUGCUAGCAGUGGAACCUCUUCUCUGAGCUCUGAUGAAGACAAUGUCAAGACUACGGUGGAGACGGCCAAUGCUUUGACUAAUUUAGCCCUGCUAACCGCCCCUGAUGGUGAGGAACGGAAAGGCGGUGAGGAAGGAACGAUUGGCUGGUCAGCGGCACCAACUCUCGUUGAAAGGCAGAGGGAAAACCUUACUGAAAGACUGAAACGAGAAUUUGGAUUAUUUCUGAGUGAUGAUGAGGAAGAACGAGCUCGGAAACAAGGUCUAACAGCAGAAGCCAUCCUUAAAGCUAGAAAAUUGUCAUCGCCAUCCCAAGUGAUUAUCCCAGCCGGUGGAAUGACAUACAAUCCAGCACAGGCACCUCAACUACCACCGCAACCCUACAUCCCACCACCAGGCUCAGCACCAAUCCACUAUUCGCAGUUGCCGGGUAAGGCUACGUCCAGCCAACAGUACCAAAACUUCACCGCCCAGAAUCAAUCCCAGCCUCCAUCAUCCCCAGGUGGUACAACAAAUACUUCUAAACAGAGUCCACAAUUCCUUGUACCCCAGGCACCCCCAGGCUCAAAUCCCUAUCCCCCACAAUUCCCUCCGACAACAAGUGCUACUAUUCCACCUACCCCUCUCGCCCCUACCACACCACCUCCACCAACCACCACCUUCACAAGUCCUCCACCCAUCCAGAAAUCCUAUUUCAGUCAUUCACACCUGCCACCGAGAUCCUAGACAAUGAAUAAAUCAUCAAAGGUUAUAUUCUAUUCGCAGUGUGCCAUUUCGGUAGUCAAAUGAUAAAAUAAAUUUUCAGUUCAAUAUCGAUUUAUCUGGAAAGCUAUUGGCUUCAGAAGAAAAUUGUGGAGAACUUUUUUCCAGAGAAUGAAAUCAGCUUGAGAAAAAGUUCAGCGAAUUUUUAACGUUACAUUGAUAUUUCCUGAGAUAAAUUGAUAAAUGGGAAAUUUAACGAUUUUUGUCGAUUUGACAGCUGAUUUACACUCUGAGUUAUGAUUAACAUGCAUUUUACGUUGCAUAUUAUUUAUGUUUGGUGAAUCAAAAAUAUCGAUUUAAGUUGACAAUCUCAUCUCAUCUGUAUUUUUUUUCGUACUAUAAAAAUCGCACUAAAAUUACGAAUUUCGUACAAAUGCCACGAUUUUUGAUAACGCGAUGUCAUCGCGAUUUUCAUUUUCGUAUGGAGUUUCAUGUUUAAAUAGCUUUUAAUAAUUAUUCAGGAGAAAAGAAAAAUUUAAUCAGCAUAGAGAACGAAGCAAGUAAUGCUGAGUUUUAUUACUUUGAAAGGAGAGCGGUGUGGCGUAUCUUCAGAGUAUGUAAAUAUCAAUUGCAUAUAUAUAAAUAUGAAUAUACCGUGGCGGCUAUGCAGACCACGAUAAUCUGCAGCGUAAGCGUUAUCAUUAUUUAGUGUUAAUUGAUGUAGAAUUCACGUGUACUGUAGAAUAGUGAAGACGAACGCUAAUAAAUAAUAAAAUGCGAGCCGUACAGAUUAGAAUAUGUUGUGCUGGGAGUUGUGAAAAAUUCGACUCAAUUUUCCCAUUGUUUUAUUUUUCAUAUACAAGUGAAAUUCCAUCCUAAAAUGUGUGAAAUACACCCCACCCCCUUCCCGCACUCCCUAUUUUUUCAAAAAAACAUUUCUCUAUAUUUUAUAUUUACUUGUAAAUGCCCGGUAUAAUUAGUUUGUAAUAAAUAAUAUAUGUUGAAUAUAAAAUUAUGGAAAAUUGAAAAUGAAUCUUCGAUGACAAAACGUAAUUGUUCUUGCCUACAGUAGUCCCUCACUGACAAUUUCAAUUUAGUGAACAAAGUCAUCUGCGAUAAUUGUCAUAACGAUCAAAUUAUUGGCGAGAUGAUUACAUAAUGGGUACAAACGAUCAUUACGAGCUCUGCAUCACUUAGAGAUUGUAAGAUAAAUCCACAUGAAAGAAAUAAGACGCAAUUCUCUUGAUAAAUUCAGUUAUUUUCAAUAGCAUUCGGAUUUUCGCGGUGUGACAGGGGAAAUAAUGAUAAAAUAAUAAAUAAAUGAGUUAUUUGUUGUCAAUACAAUUGCUUGCGGUCCAUGUCAGACCGCGAACGUCCGGAGACUCGCAAAUAAGUGCACACACAAAAAUUAAAGCGAUUAGAUUGAAAUGAAGAAAAAAAUACGCUCGUUUAAAUAAAUCUCGCCACACUGUGGCUAUACAUCCGGUGUACAAUGAUGGAAAAACAAAAAUAAUUGGUAAUGUAAAUGUGUAAAUAUCGAGUCCCAUGGGAUAUACGAGUAUUAAAGCAGUGAAUGUAUAAAAAAAUCUCACUAAAUUUAAUUUAAUCAGAAAAUACUAUUGAAACACCAGUAAAUCCGAGAUUUUUGUAAAAAUACUUUCGCGGAGUUACGAAAUUUAUCUCAAUCAAAAUAGUAAUUCUACGGUUUGGAAUAGAAUAGGGAAAAAGCUCACUAUUGCAAUGGCUGAGGAGAAAUUUGACGUACGUAAAGAGACAGAGACAAAUAUUGAAGAAUUAAAUAACAACGAUGGAAAGUUAUUAAAUAGAGAGUACUUCGCAGUAGGCUAUUAAAAUCUCCCUCAUCUUGACUAUGAAUACAAAUAAUGUACAAAAUAAUAGGUAAUUACGUAAGAUAUAUCAUAGAUCAGGUGAAAUCGUUACUGAACAUAGAAUGUAACAAUUGCAACGAAACGUGCACUCUUCUCACAUACACUGUAAAUAAUAAUCGGUUGAAAAGGAGUGAUUAUCUUCGUGGUAGCAUAAUAGGCAUGAAACACAAUGCAUAAUUGCAAUGGCUUAACAAUUUUUCAGUAAAGAGAUACGAUAAAUAGAAUACGUAAAGGCCCAUGGUGCAAUGUCUCAAAUCUCCGAUAUACUACGACUAAAGCUUCUUUUUCAAAGCAAAAACAUGACAAAUCUGGUUGAAUUAAUAACAAUAGGUGUAACUGGGGUAUAAGAUAUUUUAUGUCUCAGUGUGAAUAUCACAAUCGGCCAUACAUCAUUCAAAGUCUCUCUCAGUAAAACAAUUCCGUGCAAUUAUUUCAUUGAAUAGUGAAACAAACAUUAUUUUUCUUACGUCUGCUAACGAAAAAAUAAAAUAUUUUUUUAUCUUUACUCUGUUUUCCAAGGAAAGUGACAACUACAAUUAUGUACAUACGCGUUUUCACUUUGUUUUCGAUUUAGAUGGUAAAAAGAAAAAAUAAAAGAAAAGCCAAGUAUCAGUAUUGCACAUUAUGUUGAUACUUCAAAGAAAGUAUUAUUUAGAGGAAAAAAUGGAGGAAAAUGACGAGUCAUAAUGAACGGUACAUCAUAUUUAUCUUUUUUAUUCCCUCGCUUUCUCCCACUGAGCUGAUCAGACAAAUUGCUUUUUAUACGCGAUUAACUUGUCAUCCGGCCGUAGUAAUUAUCACAAUGACUCGAUUCAAUAUUAAGUAAUGUAAGUUGUCAGCAGAAAACAAGAUAUUAAUUAUAGAAUCGUUGGUAAUUAACAAUUCUCGGUGUUGUAAAUAGUCGAAAAUUAUCGUAACUAUUUCGUGAUUGUAAUGAAACUGCGUACUGUAGUGUAAGAAGAAUGACAAAAAAAAAACUAUUAAACGAGUAGAAGAGAUGAAGAAGAGAAAUUGUUCUUUUCUUCUUUGGUAUUUUCCACUUGUUACGAUUUAUUUUAAUAUAUGUGUGUAUGUAUAAUACGACGACUAUAUGAAAUAUCAUAGCUAAAAAAAUGAUACAAAACAACAAUUAAACUUACACAUGUGUUAUAUUGUAUGAUAACUUUAAUUCAUAAUUAAUACUAAUUGAAGUGAAUAUAUAAAGAUAAAACGAGUUCUUCGAUUAUAUUAUCGUAAACGGCGUAUUACAAUUAUUGUUCUAUGAUAUAAUGUGUAAAGAGCUCAUUAUUUAGGCAUAUAAUAUGUAUAUGAAAUUUAAUAAAUCGAAAUAAAUUUUAUGAAUUAAAAAUUA